CGCUGUUGCUGACUACACAAUUGCUAUCGAUGUGUGGUCUGCGGGGUGUGUGAUGGCGGAGAUUCUGAUUGGACAGCCAAUAUUCCCGGGCGAGAGUGGGGUAGACCAACUGGUAGAGAUUAUAAAGGUUCUGGGUACCCCUACUAGGGAAGAGAUUCAGGCAAUGAACCCAACAUAUUCAGAGUUCAAGUUCCCACACAUCAAGGCCCACCCCUGGGCGAAAGUAUUCCAUCAAAUGACGCCGGAAACAGCGCUCGAUCUCGCCGCCAAGACGCUCACAUACCCCCCCGCACAACGCCUCAAAGCAAUUGAGGUGUGCCCGCAUCCGUUCUUUGAUGAACUCAGAGACCCCAACACCACACUCCCCGAUGGCCGCCCCUUGCCCCCAGGGCUGUUCGAGUUUAUCCCUGAAGAGUUGAAGGAUCUAUCACCAGAGCAGCAGGAGAAGCUCAUCCCAUCACACGCCCGGAAGGGAAGUACUCAUAGUGAUUUAGUCCAAUGAGUUCCCAGAAGUAGCCCAAUCUUUCAUGCCCCAUGCUUCAACACAGAGCGUAUAUAGAUAUAAAUAUAUAGUUGUAUAUAGCGUGUGAUCUAUAUAGAUCUAAAUACAAAUAUAUAUUCAUAUAUACAAUCAUAGAUACGUAUAUAUACAUAUAUAUAUAUAUAUAUAUAUAUAAUAAUAAAUAUACAUAGUGUGACAGGGAUGGGGACGUUGUUACAGUGGUACAUGGCGAGACGCUCUCUUGUCAGGGCCGUGUGUGUACGGGAAGGGGUAGUAAGGGGUCUGGGUGGCAGGAGACGGAAGUGCAAGGUGAGCAGGCACACUCUAGAUAUUAUAUAUAUAUAUAAACACUUUAUAUAUGUAUAUACGUAAUAGAAGAGAGAUAGUUUGGAUGAUAGGUUGCCAAUGAAGGAGAGUAUAUGGGUCUUACAGCGGCUGUUCAGUAAUUUCUAUUGUAUCAGCGGGAGCUUUCUGGAAGCUGCCGUCAUGGGGUCGGUCACUGCUCCGUGUUUUAAUAUGGUGAAGCGUUGGGCGCGAGUGAAUUGCUGGAGAGCAUUCCGGUGCGAAAGCUUGAAUCUGAGGAGAUGUGUGUAUACAGAGAUGUACAUAACCAGUAUCUGUGUGUCAGGUUAGGGGGCGUACACGUACGACUUUUAAAGGACCGUCGUUCAUCUGCACCGAGGGUGCUAAACCUAUCAUUUGGUAUACUCGAGUCCACUUAACGACGGCCAGAACUACGUGGCACAGGUUUCCUGGCUGUAGUAUGUGCAAAUGCGAAAGCAAGUACACUCAGGCGUGUGGGCUUGGUUAGUGUGUGCAGACUCAGGUCAAUGGAAGUGGGCACGCCGAUAGAUACGGCACCAUAUAUGGGACGGGCAACUCACAUAUGUAUAGUAUGUGUAUAUAUGUACAUUAAUAUACUCGUGUAUAUGGUAAAUGUACUAGUACGCUC